AAAACCCUGCAGUGCUGAUUAGCAGAGCAGAUACAAGCAGAGCUGUGAUCUGUAGCAAGGGAUAAAGGUUUAGACCAGCAAGGAACCUGAAGUGCCAGAACGCUGUCCUUUGUCAAGCUACCCCAUUAGUGUGUGCAUGCCUGUAUAUACGGUUAUCUAACAGAGGAUGAUGACGGGAGUCAGUCUGCAUCCUAGCAAAAUGGACCACCGAUUACUCUGCACUCAAAAGUACCUUUGAUCAACUCUAAGCCUCACUGAAAGCCUGCCAAAGGGAGCAAGAACAUUAGAAUGGCUUUCCUUAAGAUAUCGCUCAUGGCUUUUAGCUUUGUGUUUUGGAUUGCUGGGUUGGCCAUGCUGACAUUGGGCAUAUGGACAAAGAUCUCAUUGGAAGAGUACCUGAUGCUGUCUACUAAUGAUUACCCAAAUACCCCAGUAAUUCUGCUUGGAAGUGGGGCUGCUGUGCUACUCUGGGGUUUCCUUGGCUGUUUCAGUGCCGCAGUAGAGAGACGCUGCCUGCUGCGCACUUAUGGGCUCUUUCAGUUGGCUGUGCUCUUGGCUGGGCUGGCUGCUGGGCUCUCUGCACUCUUUUACCGCAGGGACAUUGCAGAGGGAUUCCAGAGUGGCCUGCAAAACGCUGUUCAAUCAUAUGCAGAAGAUGAGGAGAAGGCAGAUGUUCUAGAUGAUAUCCAGAGGGCUCUGCGCUGCUGUGGGGUACACAGUUACCGUGAUUGGUUUGAGUCAUCCUGGUCCUUGGAGCAGCUGGAACAACAUAAAUUUUUUGGAGAACACAGCAAUAAUUCAGUUCCCAGCAGCUGCUGCCAGGUGCGCAGAGGGUGUCGGAACAACCCUGUGCUUCCAGGUGCCCCAGGUAUCAACAUGGAUGGAUGCUUUAAGAAGGUGUGUGACUUUGUAAGUGAAAAUAUGUUCUACAUUGCUACUUCUGCUUUGGGCCUGGCACUUAUUCAGGUGGUUGGUAUUAUCUUAACAUGUCUGUUGGCUGCCAAGAUCCCUAGCAGAGAACCAGAAACAGUUCCAACGUGAGCCUACAGUGACCUAAAUGAUGGUAGUUUACUGCUAAAUGUAAACCAUAAACUUUUUUUACAUAUUUUUUAAUAUACUUAACUAGGUGUUGAGGUACUGCAAGAAUGAACUGUAUUUCCUCAUAGGUGGACAAACUUUCAAAAUGUAUGUGAACUUUAUGUAUAAAUAGGUUUGUUCAAUAAUGAGAAGUCAUACACGAGAACACUCUUUCAGAGUAAUAACUUUUGUCAAGGUAAGGAUAAUCUACUUUUAGAGCAUGUUCAUUGAGAAUGAGGAUCACAUUGUUUUCGUUGUGUCUGUUAUUAUAAUCUUAAUUGUUACUUAGUGUACAGUAAAUUGAAGGGGCCUGGUGCAAAUCAGUUUGAAAGAGAAAAGUGAUCAUGCAUUUUUGUACUUUUUGAGGGGUAGCUAAGGAAUGUAACUGAAGAAUUCAUAGUAGUCAAUAGUUACAGGCGUAACUGAGCCCCAGAAGCAGAAUAUUUUUAUGGUCACCAUCUCCAGAAUUUGGGGAAAUAUGCAGCACACACAAAUAUAUAAAACAGGGCCUUGAUAUAUUACCCCUCAGCAGCUGUAGGAUCAGUUAUCUUUCUUGAAGUAAGACAAAUUGCUGGUCCCAGCGUAUAAGUUCAAAAAGUGUAUCGCUGUGAAUUCCUAGGAGCCUGAGUCACACUCCCAAAAGGUAUAAGAUACUUUAAUAAAGUUGGAAUAAACAGCU